AUGUUCGAGGCCAAGCUCGCCAACGCCGCCCUGCUGAAGAAGAUCAUCGACUCGAUCAAGGAUCUGGUGACUGAUGCUCCAUUCGAUUGUUCUGAGCAGGCAAUGUGUCUCCAGGCUAUGGACAGCUCUCACGUGGCGCUUGUUUCUCUCAAGAUGGAGGUCGGCCUAUUCGAUACGUACCGUUGUGAUCGAACGAUCAAUCUCGGUCUCUCGCUUGCCAAUAUGGCCAAAGCCCUCAAAUGUGCCAACAAUGAUGAUACGUGCGAGUUGAAAUUCGACGAUAAUGACGCCGAUACCGUAACCUUCACCUUCUGCGACACGAAACGCGACAAGACACAGGACGUGACGAUGAAGAUGAUGGAUAUUGAUGGAGAGCAUCUCGGGAUUCCGGAUCAGGAAUAUUCGGUUGUUUGCACGAUGCCAUCAGCUGAAUUCAAGAAGACAUGCACUGAUCUGUCGAUGUUCUCCGAUACAAUCAAUAUUACGGCCACGAAGGCUGGUAUUGUUUUUACGGGAAAAGGAGACAGCGGAAGUUCUGUCAUCACAUACUCACAGAGCAAAGAUGCCGAUAAUGGAGAUCAAGUGACGCUGGAGGUGAACGACCCAGUGAAUGUGAACUUCUCGAUCAAAUACAUGAAUCAAUUCACAAAGGCCUCUUCGCUGUGUGAUCGAGUGAGGAUUGCACUCUCUAAUGAUGUCCCUGUCGUCAUCGAGUACGGAAUCGAGGAGAACGGCCAUCUGCGCUUCUACCUGGCGCCCAAGAUUGACGAGGAGGACAACGAUAUGGAC